AUGACAACCCCAAACAUGUCUUGCCCCUCAGGCGGGGACUUCUACUCUUGCGUCGAAGGCAGCCGGUUUGUGGGAUGCUGUGGAACCAACCCUUGCGGAGCGACUGGCUGCGCAGCCGGAGACCUGGUAUCGACUAGUUUCGACGCAGAUCAGCAUGGCGAGAUACCAGACCAACAAUGCAACUCAGGACAGUUCUAUACAUGCGGCUUCACAGUUCCGCCCUUCUGGGGAUGCUGCUCGACAAACCCUUGCACUGGUACCACUGGCUGCCCUGCGGGUAGUCUAUCUGCAGCCUUCCUCUCGAGCAAUCCGACACUGGCUGAGCCUUUCUUGAGCCUAAAUGACACCUACUCUACCCCCAGCUCGACCGGCUCUUCGACACCUACGCCUUCAUCAACGCCUCAUUCCUCGAGCAGCAACACUGGUGCCAUAGCCGGAGGCGUCGUUGGUGGUGUUGCUGUCUUGGCCGCGUUUAUCUUCGGUCUUCUGUGGCUGUACAGACGGCGCAGGCGGGUUGAGCGCGAAGCAAAGCCGGAGGGAGAAGUGUCUGAGACUCAGCAGACACGACUGUCGGAGCUGCGUGCGCAAGCAGGUGCUACCUCUUACAAACAUAUGCCACAAAGCUGGCAGAGCUCCCCAUCUAUGCAAUCGCACCCGAACUCAUCACCACAGCCGCCAUAUUCACCUCCGCCGGGCUACUCUUGGGGCCAGCCAGAGCCACGUCAUGUAUCUGAGCUGCCUGGUAGUGGCAUAGAGACAGAGAUGGACAGUGGCCAGACUGCGACGGGUAUAGCCAUGACAGACCUGCCCAAACCGCGAUCAUCGACGGAUUUCUAG